AUGAAUAUUCAGUUCCUAAAGGAAACUAAUGAUCAAAAUGUGAAGCAAAAAUCUCAGCUGCUAGUUUCUCACGCCAAUAGGAGAGGGACGCCAUUCUUUUUGCCGAGCGAGAAGGCCCAGAGACUAACGUUCUUGCCGAGGGAUGAAAACGAACAUUCUUGCCCAACAAGAGGUUAUAAGAGUGUAAGGAGAGGGACGACAGAGCCACGAUUUUGGGUUGGAUCUAGUCUAAGAACUAGAAGAAGAGUGACGAUGGAGAUGGUAGAAAUCGGUCGGGCGCGAAGAUUUCGGAAGAGGAGUAGCGACAACGAGAGGAAGAAGGCUAAUUUGCUCAAUUUUUAUUUUCUUUUAAAGUGUGGGUCGAGGUUGUCGAGCCAGAGCAGCACAGAAGAGGCAAUCAACGAGAGCAUUGUGGAUUAUGUUGGAAUUGGGACUUUUGCGUUUUUCGAUUAUUCUACUGGAAAACUUCUUGGCUUUGCACUUGGGUUUCUUUCGGAAUGUAAACUAAAAUGGUUUAAGUAUUUCAAUAAUUUCUGUGUGGUGUUUCUAGCAAGACAUAUGCUCGUGGCGAUAGAGAUGGAUAAAUACAAAAGCCUAGAGAUCAGACGGAGAUCCACGAGUCAGCCCUCUUACACCCCCUGGCGGACUUUUCAGGAUCCGCCUUCGCCGUCUAUCAACAACCUUGUUUUUCCCGGCGAGUUCGUAAGCCUUGAGGAUGUAAUUAGCUCCUUCCCUGUGGACGAGCGCAAAUCGAUUAGCUGA